GCCCAAAUUCGGCCCGAAAAAGCAAAAAAAUCGGCCGAAAUGCAACGUGAGAAGGAGCACUGCAGUCGGCGCAGCAGCGUAGCGAGUUUAACUGACUCGGGAGAGCCGCUCCCAGGCCAGUCUGACUCGCCGCCGGAAAGUAAAAAUUUACAGAGAACUGACAAACAUUAGCCCGAAAGAGCUUGCAAAGUUUUAAAAUAACAUGGGUCUGCUGACCAAGCUGAUGACCAUCCUGGGCUUUAACAGACGUGAGGUCAACGUCCUCGUGGUCGGACUAAACAACAGUGGUAAGUCCACGCUGGUCAACCAGUUGAAGCCGGACGAACAGAGGGCCACGGAGAUCGUCCCGACGGUGGGAUUCAACAUUGAGAAAUUCAACAAUAAAAAUGUGGGCUUCACUGCUUUCGAUAUGGCUGGACAAGGCAGAUACAGGGAGCUGUGGGAACACCACUACAAGGACUGUCAGGGCAUAAUUUUCGUCGUCGACUCUUCGGAUGGUCUUCGUUUGGUCGUGGCUCGAGAUGAACUUGAGGCCCUUCUCGACCACCAGUAUAUUAAAACGAAAAAACACCUGCCCAUUCUAGUUUUCGCCAAUAAAAUGGACGUGCGUGGCGCACUUUCGGCAGUUCAAGUUUCUGCAAGUCUUGGCUUAGAAAAUAUUUCCAAUAAACCUUGGCACAUUUGCGCGAGCAACGCAAUGACUGGAGAAGGACUUCAGGAAGGAAUCGAAUGGCUGACGAACCAAAUUCGACAGUCCGUAAUGCUCGAGGCAUCGUCAUAAAUUACAAAUUUCUUUUAUUAUAAUAAAAGUAAAGCAAAAUUCUAGUCUUCAAAUUCAAAUGAUAUUAAAUUUUCCAAGUUUAUCAGACUGAAAAAUACAGACUAAAAAUCCUAGGCACUAUAAUAUUUAGUUAAUAAAACAUGUGAAUUUUUAAUAACAUAAAAUAUAUUAUUUUAU